AAACAGUGUUGUAUCUGAUUUAGUGAACUCACCACCUCUGUCAUUGGCCGCAUAAAGCCAAUGCUGCGCUAAAACCAAAACGAAAAAAAAAACAAUAACAAAAUAAACCGAAAGAGACCGACAAUUUAUGUAAACAACUCAGACAAUACAUCCCACCUAUACGCAGUACAAAAUGAGUAAAUACACAGCAAAGUAUCUGGAAGAAAAACUCACCAAAGAAUUGGAUGCCCAAUAUGUGCAGGCUAUAGAUGAGUCUGAUGGUUGUGGUGGCAAAUUUAGUGUGACAAUUGUCUCGGAAAAGUUUCGUGGAUUAAAAAUGCUACAAAAACAUCGUUUGGUAAAUUCGGCACUGGUUGAGGAGCUUAAGGAGAUCCAUGCCUUCUCUCAGAAAUCAUAUACGCCCGAGGAGUGGGAGAAAAUACAACAAGAGAAACAAUAAUAAUAAUAAUAAAACAACACCAUUGGACCGUGGAACAGAGAGCGAGCAGCUAUCUGUCAACAUAAGCGGUUCACAAUUGUCAGUGGGACGGACGGACGUACGAGCUAAGGUAGUUUGAUUUUGUUUUGGCUGCUGUUGAACCAGUUGUUUACGAACAGACGUAACGAACAGUUGUUAAAAGUAAAAUAUAUCUGAUAAAAAAAACACUGAAACUAAUAAAGAGACUGCAUCGAAGAAACAGACAACAGCA